AUGGAUGUUUUAAAAGUAAAAUUGCCACGUUUUAAUAAUAUACUGAAAGCCAUGGAAGGUCCAAAUCAUAUGAGUAUGGAACAUCAAGGCAAUGAGCACAUAAAUCAUAUGAACCAUAUGAAACUUGCCUCUCAACAACCUCACCAUGGUCUCCACAAUAUGUUUCAAAAUGAUACAUAUGACAAUAAUAUGACUCACAACAUUGUUGAACUGGCAAAUUCAUUCCAGAAACAAGAUGUACAUCAACACCAUUCAGAUAUGCAUGCAGGUUCUGUUCAUUCUUUACACGGGGGCGCGGGUGAAGGGCAUAAUAUGUCCAUGACAUUUCAUGGGGGUUACAUGGAAUAUAUAUUGUUCUCAUGGUGGAAAGUGACGGAUGUGGGAGAAUUUGUUGGAUCUUUCUUUGCCAUUUUUAUUAUGGCCUUACUUUAUGAAGGCCUUAAAUACUACAGAAAACACCUCUUGUGGAAAACGUAUACUGGACUUCAAUAUUGUGCUGUAGCACCGCCAGACAAAGGAGUAGCAAAUUUAUGUGCGCCAGAUGAACCUCAAUGUAUACAGCCGGUACCACAUGCCCUUGAGAGAAAUAUCCCAACCAUGAUGAGUGCAGCACAUGCGUGGCAGACUGUUUUGCACGGUGUUCAAGUGUUAGUGAGCUAUAUGCUGAUGUUGGUGUUUAUGACAUACAAUGUGUGGUUGUGUACCGCUGUCGUCCUUGGAUCUGCAACAGGCUAUUUCCUCUUUGGAUGGCGAGAAUCAGUGGUAGUAGACUUCACAGAACAUUGCCACUGA